AUGGCGCUCUCGAAGUGGCUGUCCCGCAGAGGCAGUGGCAAGUUGAGCCAGGUAUCCAGCUCGAACCAAAACCGGCUACCAAUGCUAGGUCUAGCCAACACAUGGCGCUACAGCUUCGUCGCGGCCGUGGGCGAGUUUGUCGGCACAUUUAUGUUUCUGUUCUUCUCGUUUGCCGGCACCCAGGUCUCUCAAACACCCAAGCCGCCGGAUGGGUCGCCCCCGGAUACCCAGAAUUUGCUGUAUUCGGCGCUCUCCUUUGGGUUCUCCCUGAUGGUCAAUGUUUGGGCGUUUUAUCGCGUGACGGGUGGGCUAUUUAAUCCUUCUGUCACGUUAGCUCUCUGUCUGUGCGGCGGCCUACCCCUAUUUCGUGGCCUGCUUGUCUUCGGAGCGCAGAUCGUGGCUGGCAUCGCGGCGGCCGGUGUGGUUAGCGCGCUGUUCCCGGGCCCUCUGAACGUGUCUACACGGCUCGGCGGCGGCGCUUCCAUCUCACAGGGCUUGUUCAUCGAGAUGUUCCUCACGGCGCAGCUGGUGCUGGUGGUCAUCAUGCUGGCGGUCGUCAAGCACAAGUCGACCUUUUUGGCACCAGUCGGCAUUGGCCUGGCUUUCUUCGUGACGGAGAUGAUCGGCGACUACUACACCGGCGGCUCCCUCAAUCCUGCCCGCUCGCUGGGCCCGGACGUGAUCAAUCGUAGCUUUCCCGGAUACCACUGGAUCUACUGGGUCGGACCUUUGCUCGGGUCGCUGCUGGCCUGCGGGUUCUACGGUUUCCUGUCGCUUUUCGACUGGCAAGGCGUCAACCCCGGCCAGGAUUACAACGAGUAUGAGGCCAAGGGGGGGUCAGAAGAUUCUUUCAAUGGUCGACAAUCGCGCGCCUACUCCGAUGCCACCACCCUCAACCGCGGGCAAUCGCCGCACGGGACCAGGAGCAACGGAGCUAACACGGUGACUCCAAACAUUGCGCAUGGACCGGAACAGGUUUAG